UGGUCAAUAGACUUUGCCAUCUCAAUUGCGAAAAAUGGAAGCGAAACCCAAACGUUCAUUUAAGCGGCCUUUUGCCUUUCCCAAGAACUGUGUGUACCGCCCGCUGCGGCAGAUAAGCAACAUGGAGCGGAAUCUAAAGCUGCCCGCCGAAAGACCCACCUACUUCACGCUCAAUGCGCCGCCAUCGUUGGUGCCGGCCAAGAAGUACUCGGACAUCAGCGGACUGCCCGCUCCAUACGCCGAUCCGCACACGAAGCUGAGGUUCGCCAAUGCCGAUGAGUACGCCUCCAUGCAGCACAUGCCCUCGGACAUCAUCAAUGGGUACCUAACCGUGCGGGGUUAUACGAGCGCCGUGGGAUAGUCGCUCUAUAUAUCAUAUAUAUCCCAUACACACGAUGUGUUCCGCCCCUGGAGGCACUGCCCGAGACCUUGCGAUCCGACAACCACUCACAAUAGCCAAUUACGGAGCCGCUGGCCUUACUUUUACUAGCAUUGCGUGCGAGGCUGUUGAUUUCGAGUGUUUCGCUGACUGCUUCCCGACUGUAAAACGGCUUUCAAGGGGAGUAGCGCACCUAACCAGAAAGAGGUGAUCUCUCUUUGCAAGCUAUUGCGAUCUAUACCUAUCUCCAUAGACUUUGGUUUUCCUGACUGUAUCAAUGGGCUUGAUAGGUUCAAGGUGGGCCCAAUGCCUUGGGGGUCGAAAAUUGUAAAAGUUAACAAAGAAAAAGUUACCGUAUAAGUCAUAAUGGGAAAAAUAAAUAUUUCAACAAGCGAUACGUGCAAAUCUGAAAUUUGUUUGCACUAAAUUUGUAGACUAACAAUAUGAAGUAUAAUUUUGUUAAGAUAAAAUAAAGCAAAACUAGUAUUUAAAAUGAAA